AGAACUAGCACGCUGAUGUGAAGCAGCGCCCCACACCUAGCAGCGAUAUGACGCCCAAACAAAGCAUGUGGGGAGAGACCAGUGUGUUCGUGACUAAGUCGUUCAGACUCAACAAGGUCCUCUCACAUCGGGUACCCAGCCGGAUUACUUUUACUGAGGAUGAUAAGAAGAUGUACUUCCUGGCGGGGAGUGGCAGGUCUUGUCUCUACAGUGUCGACUUUGAACAAGAGGUGGAAGAUAUUGACAAACCUCUUGAACCGACACAGUUCUUUGAUAACGCCUACGUUCCAAUAAGCCGCGAAGAGGAGCUAUUACGAGAAAGACAGAGAAUCUGUAAGAAUGGUAUUACCACGUUUGAGUACUGUAACAAAACUCUUCUAGUCCCCCUGGGAUGUAACCUCUUCUACCACGACAUGACCAUUGCAGAGAAUCAGCCAAGUCUAAUAAAAGAGAGCGAGCAGAACAUGUACUACGACACCAAGCUGUGUCCUACAGACCCGCGACUCAUCAGCUUCAUCAGAAACAACGACAUCUACAUCACCUCCAGUCUUCUCCAGGAGUACACUGCUAUCAGGCUCACUGAGUCUAGUAAUCCUUCAGAGCUGUAUAAUGGAGUACCGUCCUUUGUGGUCCAGGAAGAGUUUGACAGAUACACUGGAUACUACUGGAGACCUAUACAGGACGCUCCGGAGACGUAUCACGUGUUAUACGAACAAGUAGACGAGACAGGAGUACCAAGUGUGCGACUAAGUGCGGCUAGUGAGGAGAAUCAGAGCUACAAGUUCCCACUAGCAGGACAGUCUAACGCUGUAGCUAGCCUUAAACUUGUCAAGUUUACCCUUGAUACUGAGGCCAAGACUGUGGGGCAGAUAACAAGAUAUAAUCUGUUGGAGGAGCUUCAAGUGACAUUCCCGUGGGUAGAAUACAUACCUUGGUUUAACUGGCAUCCUUCUGGGAAGAGUAUUUGGUGUAUGUUACUGGAUCGACCUCAACAAAAGUUCUCUCUCAUUACACUCCCUUUGGAAUACUUCACAAAACUCACAAAUGGAACGUCGGAGGAGAAUGAGGUAAAACCGAGCUCAUCGAUCACCACUCUCGUCUCCAAAACAUCUCAGACUUGGAUUAAUGUAUCAGAAGACAUAAAGUUCCUACCCUCUGAAGAAGGAACAUUCGACUUUGUGUUCCUGCACGAGGAUAAACACAACCACCUGUACCGGGUAACGUGCACCGGCUCCACCACUACAGAGACCCAGCUGACUGACGGAGACUGGAGUGUUACCUCCCUCCUCGCUGUUACCCCUUCUACCGUGUACUUCCACGCACAGCGUAACCCCAUACAACAGCACCUCUUCAAGAUGGAGCUGAAGACUCCGGGGGUGGUGGAGCAGCUUACUCCGGAGGGGUUCUUCCACACUUGCACUCUCAAUAACUCUCUCACUGAGUUUGCUAGUGUUUACUCAAACUCUUACACUCACUAUCAGUGCUCUGUCUUCUCUUUAGAUACGGGAGACAAGCUAAGGACAGUAACCUCAACUCUAAACUUUGGUGAAGUGUACCUGAAGAAGACAGGAGUUGUACCUGAACCCCAGAAGGAAGGGGGACAGAUAACCACGUACCGCUACGAUACUCCCAUUAUAGAUAAGAUAGAUUUGGACGGGAAGGACGUGUAUUAUGUUAUCUACCCUGCUAAGGGUGUGGAUCUAACCCAACCUCAGCCUGUAUUGUUGUACGUGUACGGGGGUCCUGCUAUACAGCUCGUGGUUGAUAGGUUUAAAGGAAUCCACCACCGACAACAGAACCUGUUUGCUACACUAGGUUACAGUGUCGUAGUAGCAGACUGUCCAGGAUCUGCUAACAGAGGUAAAGAGUGGGCUGAGGUACUCUACAAGAAGAUGGGCAGUGUCGAGGUAGACAUGCAGAUCAAAGUUCUGGAGGCCCUAUCACAGCAGCACACUUAUCUGGACCUAUCGAGAGUAGCUGUGAUGGGCACUUCUUACGGAGGAUAUGUGGCGCUAAUGGCACUGGGACAACGUCCUGAUUUCUUCAAACUGAGCAUAGCAAUAGCGCCUGCCAUAUCAUGGCAUUUGUACGAUACGGCGUACAGUGAGAGGUACAUGGGCCUGCUUAACGAGAACCAGGACGUUUACUACGGACCGAGCUCUGUACUUCACUACGUACCUAACUUCCCGUCUGAGGAGCACAGGUUGCUGAUAGUACAUGGUUUAAUGGAUGAGAAUGUGCACUUCACCCACACUACCACCCUUAUUAGUGAGAUGAUAUCUGCUGGUAAACCCUACGAUCUACAGGUGUACCCAGAAGAAAGGCACGGAAUAGGGCGAGGAAACGCUCCAGCUCACUGCGAUACAACUAUAGCUGUCUACCUCAACAACCACCUAAAACAUAGAGAUUAGCACUUUCAUUUUAGUAGUCCUGUCUUGAGAGGUCUUCCUACUUGCACUUGAGAUGAAUUGUAGCGUUAGGAAAUUGUCAAUAUGUACCCUUCUUGUUGAAUGUUUUGCCAGUGAGCACACUUUAUUGGUGACGUAAGUCUACCGUACUAGAUGAUUUUUAGCCGGGAACGGGGAUUUUGCUAAAUUGGUUGUUUUCUUUGACAAUUUGUUGUUUUUCUUAGCUUGAAGCGGUAAUUAUCCAGUAGCGGGAAUAUAACCGCCGCUGAGCGAGAAACAAGACUCAGACAUCAACUCUUAGCAAGUAACCCGAGUCUGAGUUGCAACAUUAUGGUAGAUUUAAAACAGUAAUCGGACGAUUAUUGGCCGGGCACCGAAUGAUCCUAUUCGGCCAUACUAGUUGUGGAAGACACGAUAAAAAUAAUAAAUAGACAUUUAUACAUCGCUUUAUAGCCGAAAAGAACUCAAAACCCAAAGAUUCAGUUCAAGCCAUCUGAAGCGAUUCAUGAACAUGUACAUAAGCACUAAGAAUUUUAUGAACCAUGAAUUUAUACGAGAAAGUUAUUAUACGAUGACCCUUUAAUGUGCAAUAUCAUUGAAUACAUUUCCAAAAAGGUCUUAAGUUUCAUUUUAAACAUUAGAAUAUCAUUAAAAGUUCUCUUCUUUUUUGUCUUGAAAGAAAUACAAAUUAAAUAAUAAAUCGUCCAAAUUGGAUCAAGGUGAUAAUAUAAGACGUGAAACACGUUUAUAUAUCUAAUAAAUAGAUUAAGAUAGUUUGAAAGCACUUGUUAAACACGAGAAACAAGGUGUUGUAUAUCCAUCUGCAUCAUAUAUGAUAUGGUUUGAACUUCGCCGUCGACACACAAUAAAAAGACGACGAAAGAUAAAAUAACUUACAUUCAGAGUAAGAAAAAAGCACACUUACUCUGUUCGACACAAAAUAUUUUGGGACCUUGUGAAUUUGUUGAUGUGGUUUUGAUAUUUCUUUGAUAUGUAUUUGAUAAUUAUAUCUUUGCUUUGUUG